AACACAACACUGCAGGCGCUGCCGGGCUUCAUUUAGUUGCGCGUCUGAACGAUCAACAGUCUUCAAGCUGUGAAAUAAUGUUUAUUUCUGCCGAAUGAAUGACUUGAGGUGGACCUGAUUCAGUUUGACUGGAAACUACAUAGCUGAAAAGUACUCGCACGACUCCAGGGAGAAUAUUGUCUUAAUUCUGGGUGAGGCAGAUUUGGCGAUGGAUUUGGUGUGGCUUCUUCUCCUGUGCGUCGUAGCGGACGUGUGCGUUUCAUUCUCCAGAGCAGAGAGACACAGCGUGUUCUGGAAUAGCACCAACCCAAAGUUUCAGGGGGACGGCUACACAGUGGAGGUGCGUCUGAAUGACUACCUGGACAUCGUGUGUCCCCAUUACCCUCUAGGCACGGUGCCGUCUCAGGAGGCCGAGCGCUAUGUGCUAUACAUGGUGGAGCGUGAGGACUACGAGGCGUGCCGACCACAGUCCUAUGAGCAGAUGCGCUGGGAGUGCGGCCAGCCUUUUGCCCUGCACGCACCAGAAAAGUUCUCUGAGAAGUUCCAGCGGUUCACACCCUUCACCCUGGGCAAGGAGUUUCGCCCAGGCCAGAGCUACUACUAUAUCUCCAAACCUCUGCACCACCAUGGUCAGGAGUGUCUGAAGCUGAAAGUGGAUGUCAUUGCUAAUGAUGGAUCACAAGAGGCUAGAGUUGGACCCGGCAAAGGAAGUGGAGGAGGCGUGCACACCACCUCAAACCGCUUACCAGCAGGUAUAGACGAUCCAGUUGUGCUGCCAGAUGUUCAGAAAAGUGUGCGAACGAACUCCGCAGUCAGACCAGCAUUUCUGACCAUCCUUACAAUGCUGCUCCCUUUACUGUUAUUAUUGCUGGUUUUGCAGUAAGAACAUUUUUAAAGCACUACAGUAGUCCAAGACUGAGUUGAAAGUGGAAUGUGUAAACCAAAACACACAGAAGGAGUUCUCAAAACCCAGCGCUGGCCACUGGGUGGAAGGAACAGAUGGGCUGUCUGAUGCUGUUUGGGUUUUAAAGACAGUUCAUCAAAAUCAAGAGGGCUGAUUUGCUCUCUUACUCUGCUACAUGUGGCCAUUUUUCCUGAAAGGAUGUUUUUUUUUUGUAAAGGGAAAUAUCCCAUAUUUCGCUCAGAGCACAUCAUUCUAACAAACCUUAAGUAAAUGUACUGUGUAGUUUGAGGAACGAUGGAUGAUGAGAACUGUUUGAGCGUGUUGGGCCAAACCGAGGCAACAUUCUGUAAUUGCUUAUAGGACGGCCCAUAAUCUAAUGAGCCAAAGAUCAUAGAGCUUAUCAGUAAAAUGUACAAUGGUUUUGCUGUUGUUUUUGUUUUCAAGUGAUUUCUCCAUGUAGCAGCACAAGCCGUUUUUAUAACUUUACCAAAUCAACUGGAAUUUACAACUUACUUUGUCUUACACACACACACACACACACACACACACACACACACACACACACACACACACACACACACACAUGCCAUACAAAGACACUUAUUGUAGCAUUCACACACACACACACACACACACAUACAUGUGCCAUACAAAGACACUUAUUGUAGCAUUCUCACACACACACACACACACCUGUUUUGUUGUUGUACAUGUUUUAUUUGAAGAGUUCUUAAGUUAUUAAAUGUGCUGCAGAAUGAAUAGCUGUAUAAAACGGAGCAAAAUAUCAAACCAAUUGUUACUUUGUAAAACAAAGAGAAAAAAAAUCUGAGUAUAUGCAUGAGAGAGAGAGAGAGAGAGAGAGAGAGAGGACUGUAAGAAUUUGCUGAUUAACCAAACCGACACUAUCCCCAGAGUGUACAUUAUUAGAUGACGGGGAAAUGCAUUUGAAGCUAAAACGCACAGUGUACUCUAUGUGCUUUUUCCUCUUUUGAGCAUCUGAAAAGCAAAAUUAUUAUAUAUAUAUCUCUAAAGUAUGAGGGUUUAAUCUCAUUAUUUGGCAUUCAAUAAUUAUAAAUGCAUACAUACAGUGGGGUCCAAAAGUCUGAGAGCACUAGUGAAAGUUUCUAUUUUUCAUUCUUUUUUUAAUUUAAAAUUUAAUACAACAAUUUUCAUUAUGAAUGAGAUUACUGACAACAGCUUGAGUUAAAAGUAGAAUAUUAGAAAUACUUACAUGAAUUUCAGAGUUUAUUUUUAUUUGGUUCAUCCCCUUUCUGCUUUAAUGACUGUGUGCAAUUGAGCUGGCACGGACUCCACAAGUCUGUGCAAAACCUUAUGAACCAUUUGAGAUGAAAUCCAGCAGCGUGUUGUUUGAACACAUGCUUCAAUAAAAUUGAUUAGACAUGAGGAAAAUCUGAUCUUUUGUACAAAACAGUUAACAUGGUCAAUAUCAAUAAGCAGAAUUUGCUUACAUUUAAAUAAGGACCUAGAAAUAUUAAAUAUUCAAGAUCUUUAAAUUUACUUUGUUAUAAACAUUUAAAAAUCCCAGAUUUUCAAUUUGGACAUUUGGACUCUAUGUCUAUGUAUGUAUGUUAAGUGUGUAUAGAUAUAAAAUUAUUGAAUGUUAGAUAGUGAGAUUAAACUCACAAUUAUGUUAAGUAAGUUAGUUUGUAUGCAUUUUAUAUAUAAUAUGUAUGCACAUGAUGCAAGAGAAUGACAAACGUGAAUUGGUCAGCAUCUACUACACAAAACACUACACAAUCAACAGCAUCAUGUGUACCUGGUAUAGCUGAAUUCUCACUGGCUGCAUGUACAACCCAUAAAGGGACAUGACUAUAUUUGCUCUGAUCUACUCCUCAAACCCUUAUUUUGUACGUGUUAUGUAAAAUGUAUAAUAUGUACAUAUAGAUGAAUAUAUAAAAAUGUGACAUUUGGUAUAUACUGUAAAUGUGAAAUAAAUAUUAUUUUUUGAA